CCAUCCCCAAGCAGUUUAGUUUUUCACUUUGUACAAGUUUUGCUAACAAAAAAAAAUGGCAUCAAGCGAUGAAUUCAAGGUGACAGCAGCGUCGCCACCACCUUCAGCAGCUCCACACUCGACAUGGCAUUCGCCCGUGCCCUACUUGUUCGGAGGCUUGGCCGCCAUGCUCGGUCUCAUAGCGUUUGCGCUUCUCCUCCUCGCUUGUUCUUGUUGGAAACUGUCGGGGUACCUUGGGAACGAAGGGGAUAAUAGAGACCUGGAAGAAGGACAAGGUAAAGGAGUUGAGAGUACCGAAAAAGGAGGAGCUGCUGCUGUUGUGGAACAGAAGUUUCUUGUGAUAAUGGCGGGACAAGUGAAGCCGACGUUCUUGGCCACCCCCAUUUCUUCAACCGGCCGGUCUUCUUUUUCCGGUGAAAAGAGCUGUUGCUGUGCUGCUGAGAAGGCUGAGAACCAUUGAAUCUUCUUCAUUUUCUCCACCUUUUUUCUAUAUUAAAGAGAGCUCCAGGUUUUACUUUUUUGGAGGUGGGGUUUUGCUCUCCUUUUUCUUUAGUUCCAUCUCUUCUAGUGCCAUAGGCGUGUCUGCAAAACCCAGAAAACUGCAUGUAAAUUAUUGGAGAGGGAAGGGUUUGCCAAAUUGGGUCUCACUCUCAGCCUCAGACCGCAAAGGCAAGCUCCUGACCAGGGACGUGGUCGAAUUUUUGUAUUUUAAUGUUGAAUUUGAUUAUGA